AUGGCCCAUCAAACUAGUUGGCUUCUUCCAUCUCCAAGUCUUCAUAAAGGAAUUUGUGACUUUUUCUUGAACUCAUUUUAUAAUGUCCACAGAAAAGCUAUUUGUACAAAGAAGGGCUUGUUCACAGUUCCAAGAAUUGAGAAGCUGCACAACAAAUGGAGCUUACUCGAUCAAUUUUCCACCUGCAUACACAAUCUUCUCAACAUAAAGAAUCAAUUCCACUUUUCUUUCCUUCAGGAAAAAGCAACUUCACUCAUAAUAAUGCAAGACACUAUGGCUGCAGGGAUUCUAGAAGCAAAAAUAUGUCCCCGACCACUCACGCCGAAAGAUUCUGACAUAUUCAAUCAAAUGUCAAAAUCACAGAACCCAAACAGUACAAUCCAAUUCUAA